CCGGCUCUGGCGCUUCCUGGGCUGUGGACAUGAAGCGGUUACUCCAGCCCUGAAGCCGGCUCUCCAAGUAACAGCCCCCUUUGCAUCACGGAAAGGGGAUAGCAGAGCUGAGCGGGCUGGGGACAGCGCUGCAGUAGGUCGCAGCAGGGGCUCUGUCAGCAUGUGUCAUUCCGCAGACCCCCGCCGUCAGGCCAGGCUGCGGAGAACUGCCAGGCAAAGGCACCCGGAGGAGUGAAGGAUGAGCCAGCGACACCGGUGGCCCCCCAGCGGCAGAGCGCCGUCCCGGGGAGCUGCUGCUGCGCACACCUCUCGCCGUCUCCCCAGGCUGCGGCGGCCCCUCUGACCCAGAAGCCGGACCGGAGCCGCGGAGAUACAGCCUGGACCCAGGAGCCUCCGGCUGCCGCUGGUGAGGCCAGCUCCCCAGAGAGCCUGGGCAGCGCUUCGCCUGCGGCUGGUGCGGGGACGCAGCAGGGCUGGAACCCUCUCUAGCCAGUGGGUCUGGGGAGCGCCGGAGAGGCCCCGCACAUCCAGGCUCCUUCCUCGGACAGAGGAAGUAACUCCUGUUGGGGCAGUUUAGAUUGAGCUCCACAGCUAAGGCUGGUAGCCCCACCCCCUCAGGUUUGCACAGCCUUUGGGGUGUCGUUUCUCACCUGAGUGGGGUUUGAGAAAAAAACAAAACUGCAAGGAGCAGGGCAGGGUGCUGAGGGCGAGGCAGCCCUGUAAACUUUGGAGGCGGGGACGUUUUCUUGAAGGGGGCAGGUGUCCCGAAAUCUACCAGUGUUUUGGACUAGUGAUAAAGACUGCUGGUGAGACGCUAAGCAUUCCAUCACAGCCACAAGACCAAGAGCAAGGACCUACGACAGUCAUGGAGGCCACGCUGACAGCAGCCAGUUCCCCCACGGGCCGCGUUACCUUCUCGCGGGUCUUCGGCCAACAGUGCCAGCUGAUGGAAGCAGCUGUGCAGUCCCUGCACACCCUAAAUGACCAGAUUUCUCAUUUCAUUGUCACCAAGUCGAAGGCACUGGAGGAAGACGAUGACCCCUUUCUACCCACAGAGAAAGAGACACUGAAGAACUCUAUGAUACUGAUGAGACACCUCUUAAUGGAUGCCCAGGCCAAAAUCCUGAGCAUGAUGGAAGACAAUAAGCAGCUCGCGCUCCGCAUCGAUGGGGCGGUCCAGUCGGCCAGCCAGGAGGUGACCAACCUGCGAGCCGAACUCACGGCCACCAACCGGAGACUGGCGGAACUGAGCGGCGGAGGCGGCGGCCCCGGCUCGGGCCCGGGAGCUGCGACCAGCGCCUCGGCGGCGGCGGUGACGGUAGCUGACUCGGCGGCGGCGACCAUGGAGAACCAUCAGCACGGCGCUCAAGUGCUCCUGCGGGAGGAAGUGGUCCAGCUCCAGGAGGAAGUGCACCUUCUCCGGCAGAUGAAGGAAAUGCUGGCCAAGGACCUGGAGGAGUCACAGGGCGGCAAGUGCUCCGAGGUCCUCUCGGCCACCGAGCUACGGGUGCAGCUGGUACAGAAGGAGCAGGAACUGGCCAGAGCCAAAGAAGCCUUGCAAGCCAUGAAAGCCGACCGGAAGCGCUUAAAGGGUGAGAAGGCUGACCUGGUGAGCCAGAUGCAGCAGCUGUACGCCACGCUGGAAAGCCGGGAGGAGCAGCUGCGAGACUUCAUCCGCAACUAUGAGCAGCACCGCAAGGAGAGUGAGGACGCUGUGAAAGCGCUGGCCAAGGAGAAGGACCUUCUGGAGCGAGAGAAGUGGGAGCUUCGGCGGCAGGCCAAGGAGGCCACGGACCACGCCGCAGCCCUGCGCUCGCAGCUGGACCUCAAGGACAACCGCAUGAAGGAGCUGGAGGCCGAGCUGGCCAUGGCCAAGCAGUCCUUAGCCACACUGACCAAGGACGUUCCCAAGCGGCAUUCACUCGCCAUGCCUGGCGAGACGGUGCUCAAUGGCAACCAGGAAUGGGUGGUGCAGGCUGACCUCCCACUGACUGCUGCCAUCCGGCAGAGCCAACAGACUCUCUACCACUCCCACCCUCCCCACCCCGCAGACCGGCAAGCGGUCAGGGUGAGCCCCUGCCACUCAAGACAGCCUUCCGUCAUUUCCGACGCAUCUGCUGCCGAAGGCGACAGGUCAUCCACACCGAGCGACAUCAACUCUCCACGGCACCGGACACACUCCCUCUGCAACGGCGACAGUCCCGGCCCGGUUCAGAAGAGCCUGCACAACCCUAUUGUACAGUCACUAGAGGAUCUUGAAGACCAAAAACGGAAAAAGAAGAAGGAGAAGAUGGGAUUUGGCUCCAUCUCCCGAGUCUUCGCGAGGGGGAAGCAGCGGAAGUCCCUCGACCCGGGCCUCUUUGAUGACUCCGACAGCCAGUGCAGCCCCACAAGGCACAGCCUCAGCCUGUCUGAGGGAGAGGAGCAGAUGGACCGCCUACAGCAUGUGGAGCUAGUGAGGACCACACCCAUGUCCCACUGGAAGGCUGGCACGGUGCAGGCCUGGCUGGAGGUGGUGAUGGCCAUGCCCAUGUACGUCAAGGCUUGUGCGGAGAAUGUCAAGAGUGGGAAGGUGCUUCUCAGCCUGAGUGAUGAGGACCUGGAGCUGGGCCUGGGUGUGUGCAGCUCCUUGCACAGGCGCAAGCUUCGCCUGGCUAUCGAGGACUAUCGUGAUGCUGAGGCGGGCCGCAGCCUGUCCAAAGCUGCCGACCUGGACCAUCACUGGGUGGCCAAGGCAUGGCUGAAUGACCUCGGCCUGUCCCAGUAUUCCCAGGCCUUCCAGAACCACCUGGUCGAUGGGAGGAUGCUGAACUCACUGAUGAAGCGGGACCUGGAGAAGCAUCUGAACGUGUCCAAGAAGUUCCACCAAGUCAGCAUCUUGCUGGGGAUUGAGCUGCUGUACCAAGUGAACUUCAGCAGGGAGGUCCUCCAGGAGCGCCGAGCCCGCUGUGAAAUGCAGAACACAGACCCUGUGGUCUGGACCAACCAGCGGGUGCUCAAGUGGGUGCGAGACAUUGACCUGAAGGAGUACGCAGACAACCUGACCAACAGCGGUGUCCACGGCGCCGUGAUGGUGCUGGAGCCCACGUUCAAUGCGGAGGCCAUGGCCACCGCGCUGGGCAUCCCCAGUGGGAAGCACAUCCUCAGGAGGCACCUGGCAGAGGAGAUGAGCACCGUCUUCCAUCCAGCCAACUCCUCAGGCAUCCGGGAGUCUGAGCGCUUUGGUACCCCACCCGGCAGGGCCCCCAGCAUCACCAGAGCUGGGAAAGAAGAGAGUGGUGGCAACAGCAAGUACAGAGCUGGCCGGCUGCCCCUGGGGAAGAUAGGAAGGGGCUUCAGCAGCAAAGAGCCUGAUUUUCACGAUGACUACGGCUCUCUCGAGAAUGAGGACUGUGCAGACGAUGACCUUGUCCAAGGCAGGCCCGAGCAGUGCCGUCUGGAGGGAUACAACAGCUUGGAGGUCACCAAUGUGUAAGAAAGCCGCAUGACUCAACUCCAAGAGAACAAGGAAGAAGAACCCAACGGCCCAGUGCUGCCCAUCCCCACUGUACAGAAUGACCGGGACAAGGACAGACGUCAUGCCAUGCCAGGUCAGAGUUCCCAGAGAUGACCACAAUUUCCAGGGGGCACCAAGGACAGAGAAUGCCCACCUAGAUGUCUUGUAUCUCUGAGGGCAGGCCCUGCGGACACGGUCACCCAGCCGUGACCCAGCAUGUGGCCCUGGAGCUGCUGUUCAAAGAACAAACGUCACUGAACUUCCAAGAAGGGUGGAGGGGUGUCAGUCUCUGGGACACCCUGCCAGGAGGAACAGCCUGGGCAGAGCCAAGGGUACUGAGAACCAGCUGCAAAGCCAGCCAGCAGCAGCCGGGUGGUGAAUGCCGACCGUCAGCCCCACUGGGCAGAGAACUUGAACUCUGACCUGGUUCCUCACUCUGGAAGGGUGUGAAAUGGUAUGAGCAUCCCUGCCGCUUUAGGAGCAGCACAUCAUGAUCUGGACAUGUUGGAAGCAGGAGGGGGAUCUCUGCAGAGCGGAGGGACCUGACAGCAGCAGCCCCGGCAGUGGCAGACAUCCUGUCACUAGCAUGAAUGUGACUUCAAGAGCAGGAGGAGGAGGAGUACUAAGCUCUGUCCCAAAUAGCUGUUCCAAGUGUGGGCAUAAAAUGGGAGACUGCUUGUCACUAACCCAGCAAAACUCUUAUGCGAGAGCCCUGUCAGCCGAGACAGGUGUGCGCACCCAUGACCUAACAGAGGCGCAGAUCCCACAGAACAAGGCCACUGGGUUGUCUGAGCUUUGACCCGCCACCGUGUUGCUGUGUGGCCUCUUCCCGGUGACCUCAGCGCUCUGUGCCUCAGUGUCUUACCUGUAACACUUCCGGUUCCUCCCAGGGGAGCUGUGAGGACUAACCUUUGCUAACACUUGUCAGAAGCCUUGAACUUCUCAGGAAACGACUGGAGGGAUGGGAUGGGGAGGACUGAAUCUAACUUCCAUCCACAACUUUUGCAGACACUGGGUGAGUUCGCUCCAUUUGGGAUGGGGAGAUAGGCAAGGGCUCGUGCAGAAUGUUUAAUAUUGAGCAUUUGCAAAAAUGCCUGCAGUCCUACUGGGUGCAGGGUCCAAGCUGACUUUGCCAAUUGGCACUAGGGAGAGCUGGUGGGCAGUUGUGCUCUAUGCCAGCUCUCUCGGAGGACAUUUGCACCAGGAGUCCAAGAAAGGUGCAGAUGCCCGCAGCGGAUGGCAGAGGCAGCCUCCGAGCCACCAAGGCCAGUCUUUUGUAGUGAUAUAAAGAGCUUCCCUUUGUGUGAAGAUCACACAAAAGCCCCCAGCAAGCCCUGGGAGAGCCUUGAGAGUUCCUAGUGUUGAAGACAUCAUCUCUCUAAUGAUCCCAUAGGCACCUGUCCGGGGUUGGGGAGACCCUCUCUGUCUGAGCAUCAGCCUCUAAAGGACACACAGCAGACACCAAGACUGGAAGGGUGAGAGUGUUUAUAAUAUGCAUCCGGGCCCCUGAAAUCCCAAAGCUACUGAGCCUGUAGCCCAGCAAGGACAGGAGGGUGGGGGCCUCUUCUAACCGAAGCUGACUGCCACUCUCAAAGCAAGUCCCUAAAGGGUGACCCCGCUUCUCGACCCAGGAAUAUACCGUUGGCCUCUCUGGAAAUGCUGCCAGCUAUGCUGGUUCCAUGAAUGGGGAAGGUCUAGGGAGACACCACACUGCCUUCCUAAGGGCUGUGAUUCCUACAGCAUCAGAAGGCUCCUUCUCAGCAGAUGUGGGCCUCUACCCCAGGCUCCUCCGCCAAUCUCCAUCCACACUCACUGGUCACUUCUAGAACAUUCUCUGUCUUGAUUCCUAGCCACAGAAGGCAGGGGUUGUCAUGUGAAGUGGAGAGGGGGGGUCUCUCCUAAGCCUGGCGAGCAUGGAGCACUCAGAACAGGGAACCCCCCACCCAAAGACUGAGGUCAUGAAGAUGGGCGGGGCCCUGGCAGAUGUGACUUUGGACUGCAGGAGCAUGGGGAAGAGACAGCCUUGGCAGGACCAUGAUACCCCCUCCCAGAAAGCCAAGGACCACUUCAAAGGCAGUGGGGGAAAGUGCCUCCGGGGUGGUGGCAACUUCAGGGUCUCACUUUAGGAGAAGCCAGUGUGGACGGUGAUGAUGUCCCCCGACCCACGAAAGGGUUUGUAAAUGCAAGGCAAAUGAGCCGUGAACAGCAGCGUCCCACACCUUCCCAGAGGGAAUUCUAACAGAGUAACAAUAAAUGCUUGGCCUUGAGGCAAUCCUUCUAAUAGUUGGCUUUCUCCUUUAUGUGUGUGUCUGUACACACACAUAGACAGACACACACAGAGACACACAGACACUCCCCAGCACACCCAGCACACAUCUCUGCUUUCAAGCAUAUAACUUGCCUCUCCCAGUGACAACUAAGAGCGGGAUCCAGGCACACUCUGGUCUGCAGGGAAGUCCCUCUCUGGGUACCGUCUCCUGAGGAGACUCUCAUAACUCCCCUGGGAGCUGUCUGUAGUCCCAGAAGACCCCGUGCAGCUCGUCCCCAUCUUCACUCUGAACAAAGUCGUUUGGAGUGUAGAUGGGUGGAUCUGACAGUCAGCACAAGUGUCCAAGGACCCACACAGGUGCCACCGCCAUCAGGACAGAUAGAGGGACCUUCCCAGCCAAGUCCUUGUCAUCAUAGGUGGGGCUGGCCUGUGGACUCUACCCAGAACCUUUAGCUACCACAGAAGCUGCCGGCGUAGCCCCGUUCAUCCUGUCUGCAUCUCCCAGAGGCUUUGGCUUGAGACUAAGGACAGGGAGUAUGUGCUCUCCAAAGGAGGCGCUGAGUGGGCAGGAGACGAGAGCUAGAAGAUACAGGGAACAAGGUUUACCUGCUGCCAUUGGGCUCUGCUCCUGAGGCCCUGAUGGCUCUGGGCAAGUUUGUCUUCUGCUACGUUUUCCUUUAUGUGCUUGCAUUUGAGUGAGGGUCUUGGUCUAGCCCAGGACGACCUGGGACUUAUUUUACAGCCCAGGCUAGCCUCUACACUGACAGUAAUCCUAUCUCUGCUACCCAAGUGCUGGGAUUAUAGACAUGUGUCACCACGUCUGGCGUGUUUUUGUUCAGUUUUAAUACAAGAAGGGUUUGCUGGGUGUGUGGUGUUACCCCGUGGUUACCCAGUGCUCUUGAGUUCUCCCUGAAUCCGGCCAUUUAAGUACCGUGUUCCAUGUCAGGCAUUCACGCCCUGACGGGCUGUCUUUGCCUGCAUUCACAGAGCAAUUUUCUUCUAGGCCACUGGUUCUCGACCUUCCUAAUGCUGUGACCCCUGAAUACAGUUCAUGUCGUGGUGACUUCCCAACCACAAA